AUGGGAGACCUGAAGUGUGGGUUUGAGGAGAUGCAGGGAGUGAGGCUGGGAUACCUGCUGAUAAAAGGAAAACAAAUGUUCGCCCUCUCCCAGGUCUUCACUGACCUACUGAAAAAUAUUCCCCGGACCACCGUGCACAAACGCAUGGACCACCUGAACGUUAAAAAACACCACUGUGAUUUGGAGGAGCUGAGAAAGCUCAAAGCAAUAAAUUCUAUUGCUUUCCACGCGGCAAAAUGUACUCUGAUAUCACGGGAGGAUGUGGAGGCGCUUUAUUUCUCCUGCAAAACGGAACGCGUGUUAAAAUCCAACAAAAGAAAAGCAAAGGCCAGUUUACCCGAGGAUGUGGGCGAGGGCAAGCUUCACGCGGACACGCACCCUACCGGGUUAUGGAAGGAGAAAGUUUGGUUAAGUUUACACAGCGUGCCACAGACUCUUUCCCUCAACAAAUCCGGCAAGAGAGAGCAACCAACCUCGCGCCCCGACUCCAAUCUACCUCAAAUUUACAAUAAAUCCCUCGGUCAGGAUUAUUCCUUUGUCACCAAGUCGGCAUGUAAACCUUUUAAAAACUAUGAAACAGCUCAAAUACCGGGCAAUUGCGUCGCAUUUAGCCAGAGACAUUCGUUUUUCCGGAGCGUGGUGAGCCGUCAGCCGGUGUUGUUUAAGUCCGCCAUUGCUGCUCAGUCUAGGCUCUCUGCAGCCGGCGACCUACUUCACAAAAGGAAGAGGAGGCGCGAGGGGGGCGGCGGCAGGGAUAGGGACAGCGGCGGCGCGAGGCAGUCGUGGAGCAGGAGCAGACACACACACUCACACACUCACCCUCACGCACACCACCCGGUGCUUCUCGUGCAGCCCAAGUGCUGCAGCAAGCCAAAAACCCAGCACAACCACAACGGGACAACUCUGGGCCAUUUCCAUCUUGGACGCGAGUUUUACCUCGACCACGGAGCUCACCACCAUCCUCACCCGCAGCAACAUGUAGGGGCUUUCCCGGAGAGCUACAGCAGUGACACCGAAUCCAGCUGCUACUCAGAGCCGCUCAACAACGACUCAGACUUUGGCUCCAGUUUAUCCACAAGCAGCAACUCUGGGACCUCUGAUGAGGAGGAAGAUGAGGAGGAUGAAGAGGAGAGCCCGUUGGAGAGUUCUGAGGUCAGUUCUGACGAGGAGAGUUCAUCUCAAUCUGACAGCAGCUCUGUGUCCAGUCAGGUCUCUGUCCAGUCCAUCCGCUUCAGGAGGGCCCGAACUCAGUCCAACAGUAUAACUCUCUCGCACACUAAAGCACCUUUGCUCCUGCAGCCUACCUUCCACUACAGCCACAAGCAGCAGCCAUCUAUACCGGUUGUCCAGGGUGGAACCAGCCAGGUGGACUAUGCCAGUCCAAGGAAACAACAGAAGUAUGAGUUUACAGCAAGGGAGGCCAAGCAGGACGCACACACACACAGGUUCAGCUCGCCUGUCAUCCGGGGGAGUUGUUUCACUGAGAGGAGAGACAGGAAGGUUCCUGAGUCCCAGGUCCAGACCAAAAGAGAGAUAAAGAGAGCCGAGCUGGUGUCCAGAACAGUUUACGCACUGAGCCCCUCACCUAACCCCAACGGGAACAAAGCGGUUCCUCCGCACAGAACACCGGGACACGCAAACAAAUGCCCCCCAGUCCUGAGCUCACACUGCGCCCAUGACAAAGACACAAAGCACUCCAAGCCUACAGACAACAACCAGCUUUCAUUAGCUGCAAAUCUAAAGAGAGAGGUGAGAAUUAGCCCAAGCCUGAAACUGCCCUCUCCGCUCAAAACCAUUAAGACCGAGCCGGAAGAGCUCUCAGUGGCCGCGGGUCCCCUCCCUAACAGUGGCAGGGCGGUCAAGACUCCCCCCUUCAACCUGCAGAAUGUGAAAAUCAAAGUGGAGCAAAGCUAUGAUGAAUUCGAAUACAACAGUAAGGCCUCCGGGUUCCACUGCAAAGGAGAUGAGGCGGAUAUCAACAAUGGCCAGUACCCCGGCGGCGACAUCAAACACGCUGCUGGCUGUUUCAACAACGAGACCAAAGCCAUUGAAAGUUCUGCUGGGGCUCCCAAGUCCUCAUCCGGCUUGCAGGAAUGCGGGAGCACUCGAGACACCCCUUGUUCGGAGGAGGGGGAGUAUAAAAACGGAGUUGGGGUCAGGAAAAACUGCAGGACUCUGGUUCUGGGGAAGGAGUCUGGAAUGUCGAGGGCGCAGGCGAAACAGAACGUGUCCAAAGUUGACAGGACUUUAUCUUCUCGUCCCGUGGGCAAAGCAGAGAUUUGUGAUGGAAAUAUUGAGCAUCUAACAGGGGCGAGUAAACGAAAACGCGCGUCCAGUAAUGUAGCACCCUCUCUGAAUAGGCCUUUCAGCUUCAUGGCGAAUUUCCCCGCUCCUCCGUCCCUGGUUGUGGGCAGCGACGGGGAUUUAAGCCCAGCUUACUCUCUGAACUCUCUGGGGGGACCCCGACCUCCCACCCGCUCUCACCCCGUGUGGCGGUGGCAGCCUGGCGGUCGGACAGUCCCUCCCCCAUCCGCUCAGAGAAUCAGGAAAUGUUGACGCUUUUUUCUUUGACAAGAACAACCGCAACAACAACAAAAACCUGGAUGGAAACCUACAGUACCUUGACUACAACAUAAGUCUUAAAGUGAAUGGGAGGCACUAAUGUAUUGCAUCCUUCAGUUGUUUUUAUUUAAAUGUUUUCCUUUAUUUGAUGUUGUGGAUUUAAAACAUUCCUCGUUGUUGUGGAGUUGUUGAUCAGUAAUACAUACACACUGCUAUUCUCCAUAACGCGCGGAACGUCUUUGAGCCUCUCUUCCUAUGCCACUGGAUGACCUCUCCUCGUGGAUUUAUUGUGACUAACUAACUCUAAAUAAGCUAUCCACCAUAAGCAAUAGGCUACACGAUUUGGCAAAAUGUGCUUACUUACAUUUUUAUCGGAUCUAUUGUUUCUGUUCCCCUUGACGCUGGACCUGUUGGAUUUUACCAGGGUUAC